GAAAGUGCUAAAAGAAUCAGAUUACUGAAUUCAUCAUCAAAAGAUAAUAUGACUGCUUUCUAUGGAAUAAAUCAGUUUUCUCACCUGUUUCCUGAAGAGUUCAAAGCUAUUUACUUAAGAAGCACACCUCACAAACUUCCCAGAUACAUAAACGCGCCAAAGAGAAAGGAAAAACCCUUGCCAAAGAAGUUUGACUGGAGGGACAAGAAAGUCAUUGCAGAAGUGAGAAAUCAGCAAACAUGUGGAGGCUGCUGGGCUUUCAGCGUUGUGGGUGGUAUAGAGUCUGCCUAUGCGAUUAAAAGAAAUAACCUGGAAGAACUCAGCGUACAGCAGGUUAUUGACUGUUCAUACAAUAAUUACGGCUGCAGCGGGGGAUCCACUGUUAGUGCUUUGAGCUGGCUGAACCAGACAAAAGUAAAACUCGUGAGAGAUUCAGAGUAUACUUUUAAAGCUCAGACAGGACUGUGCCAUUAUUUUGGUCGCUCAGAUUUUGGAGUUUCAAUAACAGGAUUUGCUGCAUAUGACUUCAGUGGUCAAGAAGAAGAAAUGAUGAGGGUGCUUGUUAACUGGGGCCCUUUGACAGUAACAGUAGAUGCAGUUAGCUGGCAGGAUUAUCUUGGUGGGAUCAUACAAUACCACUGCUCCAGUGGAAAAGCAAAUCAUGCUGUUCUUAUCACUGGUUUUGACAGAACAGGUAGUAUCCCUUACUGGAUUGUACAGAACUCUUGGGGGCCUACAUGGGGAAUAGACGGCUAUGUUCGUGUUAAGAUAGGCGGCAAUGUCUGUGGUAUAGCAGAUACAGUUUCAUCAGUAUUUGUUUGACACUUACUGGCCAAAGACCACAAGCAUCAUUUGGCCACACACUGUUUACGAAGAUUUAGUUCAAAACAACAUUUUCUCAAAUAAGAAAUUGCAGUAAGGGCAAUUCCUGCUUUUAGGCAGUACAGGCAUGGGUUGACUGGAGUUUUUAAAAAUGUUUUUAUGUGGAAUGUGUGUUGGGCAUCGAAUCUGUCGUGGAAUAAGAAGACUCAGGAUCAACUGCAGAGUACACAAAAAGAAGUUACAAAGAUGGACUGAAACUG